UGCAGACAAACAAAACUCUGCCUUAGUCGCUGCGCCUUGUAUUAGCGCCCACACGCCGGCGACGCCAUCAGUGCAAAUUUCGAAUUAUAUAAUUUAUCCAAGAGUGCACCCAUUGAUUUUCCCACCAGAAACUGAGCGUGUGAAGAUAGUGUCUGACGCCUGGACAUGGCGCGUCUCAUCGAGAGCAACUUUGUACCGAUCGCCGUGGGCGUGGUAGCCGUCGUAGCUGGAGCUUUGAUCGUCCACUAUUUCCUAAACAAGAAGUCUACGAAGCCGCGCCGUGAGCCGAAUCGCACCGCCCGGCUCCGCACCCUGGUGGAUCCGAAUGACAAGUAUCUGCUGCCGCUGGUUGAGAAGGAGGUGCUAAGCACCGAUACCCGUCGCUUCCGCUUCGGCCUGCCCUCCAAGCAGCACGUUCUGGGCCUGCCCGUGGGCCAGCACAUUCACCUGAUUGCGACCAUUGACAAUGAGCUGGUCAUCCGUCCCUAUACGCCCAUCUCGUCCGACGAGGACGUGGGCUAUGUCGAUCUGGUGGUCAAGGUGUACUUUAAGGACACGCAUCCCAAGUUCCCCGGCGGCGGCAAGAUGACCCAGUAUCUGGAGCAGAUGGAGCUGGGUGACAAGAUCUCGUUCCGCGGACCGUCCGGCCGCCUGCAGUACCUGGGCAACGGCACCUUCUCCAUCAAGAAGCUGCGCAAGGAUCCGCCCAAGCACGUGACCGCCAAGCGUGUAAACAUGAUUGCAGGCGGCACAGGCAUCACUCCCAUGCUCCAGCUGGUCCGAGAAGUGCUGAAGCGCAACGACAAGGACAAGACCGAAAUGGCGCUGCUGUUUGCCAACCAGAGCGAGAAGGAUAUUCUGCUGCGCGGAGAACUGGACGAACUGGCCCAAAAGCAUCCCGACCAAUUCAAGGUCUGGUACACCGUGGACAAGGCAGCCGAAGGCUGGGCCUAUAGCGAGGGCUUCAUCAACGAGGACAUGAUUGCUGGACAUUUGCUGCCGGCCAGCGAGGACACCAUCGUGCUGCUCUGCGGCCCGCCACCCAUGAUCAACUUUGCCUGCAACCCAGCGCUGGACAAGCUCAACUUCCACCCGGACACCCGAUUCGCCUACUAGAGGGAGUGCGCCCAGCGUCCUUUGGGACCCUUCCUGCCAAAAUUCCUGGGUUAACUUGCGUUGGAGAAAGAAUUUGCAUUUCGGUUUUGUAAUGUUUUCCAUGUUCACAUGUUUGCCUAAACCAUCAUCACCUCAUCGUCUCCAUGCAUCGAGGGUUGCGAUGUGUUCGAGUCAAUCAAAAGCAAAUGUGUAACAUGUGACACCCACCAUCCGUGCUAAUUGUUGUAGCUCUUUUUUUUAUUAUUUGUGAAUAAAAACAAGUGUUAACGAAAA